UUCUCCAACUCGCACCCCACGCACAGCGCCCUCCUCUCUGUUUGAAGCCUAGGGCUUCGGGAUUCGAGGGGUUGGGGCAACGCUCGCAAUGGCGGAUGAGGCGGGCGCGCAGGGCCGCGGGGAGGAGCCGGUGACGCCGCCGCCAGCGGAGGGGACCCAGGCGGUGGACGAUCGGCGGCUGCUGCGGUCGCAGUACCUCGCCGUGAAGAGCCUCAUCAGCGAUGAGAGGGAUGAGAUGGCGAGCGCGGAUUCCGUCAAGUUCCGCUCCAUCAUCAGCAAGGUGGAGAGCCUGCACCAGCUUGUUCAGAGGCCCAGGGAGCAAAUAGCUGAUGCAGAAGCCCUGCUGGACCUUGCCGCCAGUUUGGUAACAUCAGUAAGGUCCCAGUCAGUUCUGGGAAUCACGCCUUCUGAUUUUGUUGCUGGGCUGCUGAAGAAGUUUGGAAAGCGAUGGGGAGCCAAUGAUGAGGUUGCCUCGUUGAACUGGGUUGAUGUUGGGAUUGCCACCUCCCAUGUCUUCAUGGCUGCGCCUGGAUGUGGAACCAUGGUUGGCCCCAUGUCUACAGAAGUAAAGCCGCGAAGGGUUCGUGUUCCUAGAAAGAGGACUGCAAGGCCACAUGGACGUGCUUGCCCCGAACAGCUUGCUGAUCCCUCGGAAAGAGCAAAGAGUGAUACAGACAAGAAUAUGGCUGCUAUAUUUGAUCUUCUGAGGAGGAAGAAAAAUGCAAGGUUGGAACACCUUGUUUUAAACAGGGGAUCCUUUGCCCAAACGGUGGAGAAUAUCUUUGCCUUGUCAUUCCUAGUGAAAGAUGGAAGAGUGGAAAUCAAUUUGAAUGAUGAGGGACAUCAUAUUGUCUACCCAAGGAAUGCACCUGCUGCUAGUGCCAUUGCCUCAGGAAAAGUGUCUUAUAACCACUUCGUCUUCAGAUUUGAUUUCAAAGACUGGAAGCUCAUGAAAGGGAUUGUGGCGGAGGGUGAAGAGCUGAUGUCGCACAGGUCUUGUCAGGGCGCACCUGGCACAGGAGUAAACAAUUAUCCUGCUCCUGAAGAGCAAAUGCGGCACAAGUCUUCUCAGGGCGCACCUGGCGCAGGAGGAACCAAUCAUCCUGUGCCUGAAGAACUUAUGCCGCACAGGUCUUCUGAGAGCACACCCGGCACAGGAGGAAACAACCACCAUGAGCCUGAAGAGCUUAUGCCGCACAGGUCUUCUCAGCCCUCGCCCGGUACAGGAGGAAACAAUCAUCCUGAGCCUGAAGAGCUUAUGCCGCACUGGUCUUCUCAGCCCGCACCUGACACAGGAGGAAACAAUCAUCCUGAGCCCGAGGUGUCACCGUCCGCACAAGGCACACCGAUGCGGAAACUCUGCAGGAACCGGGGCCUGGUCUUGCAAGACGAGACGGUAGCCACGGGCACGCAGGAAGUCAUGGAAGACAAGAAGAUGGUAGCCACGGGCGAGCAGGAAGUCAUGGAAGACAAGAAGAUGGUAGCCACGGGCGCGCAGGAAGUGAUGGGGGACAAGAAGAUGGUCAUGGACAGGCUAGAGAUCAACCUGACGUACAAGCGCAGACGCCUCUUCCCGGAUCACUGAUAGCCUGAUUGGCUGAUCGUGGUCGUCGGUGUACAUGCGUAGGUAGGGAUGCCACCCUGCUUAGCUUAGCUUAGCUUAGUCUUUUGGUAAACAGCAGCUUAAGUCGGUGGCGUGGCACAGGACAUGUCAGCUUUUGCAAUGGUUGGGCGUCACAUUAUUUGGAGGAUAGGUAAGGUUUCUGGUGUACUUAGGGCGAGGUGGCCUACUCUAGAUGUAUAAUUUGGAUGUUUCGGUAGACUUGAAAAGCUGAUGCUUAGUUUGAUGGGGGUUAAAGAAGUUUACUAGUCUUU